ACAAAAGUGUUCAUUAGAGAAUCCAAAACACUUUUCGCCAUUGAGGAUGCCUUCCAGAGGCGCAAGCACGAAUUGGCGAGCAAAAUCCAAGCUGUGUACAAGGGCAGAUUGCAAAGGAGGAAGUAUUUGCAGAUGAGAUCCGCCGUUACAACGAUUUCCAAAUAUUGGAAAAGAGUCCUGGCCAAGAGGGAAUUGGCCAAGAGGAAGAAGGCUGUCACUGUCAUCAGAGGGUUCAUCAAGGGCUUCAUCCAAAGGAACAAGCCAAUGCAACACCUGGACGAUUCCAGCGUGAAGUUUUUGCAAAUGGUGAAAGUUUCUUGGCUCAUCAGGCUGGCUAAAAAUUUGCCUUCAAAGAUUUUGCAGCACAAGUGGAUGCCUGCCCCUACUUUGACCCUGCUGUGCACCUGA